AUGGGACCGAAUGUGAAGAAUAAUCCCCUUCCUCCCCAUGGAAAUCCUGAAGUCAACGCCAUUGAAGAAGCUUUUGUUGGUGUUACGGUUGAGAAGGUGGAGGAUGUAAAGACUCCUUUGGCAGCAUUCCAUGCCCGAUUGGUGGAAGCUGGCCUGGUUAAUGUUGAUCAUGACAACUGUGAAGAGUGCGCCACACACCCAAAGGGAUGUCAGGUGGUACGAGACAACAUUCAAAACUUGAUGGAUGAAGGAGUGCUUCAAGUCUCCAGUGUUGCAAAGAACGAAGACGUGUUGGUAAUUGAACCUUGUUUCAAUUUACCUGAACCAGUUGAAAUCCCAUAUUAUAGUGGUGGAGUGGUCCCGGUGAACAGUAAGCCGUUGCCUGUCGAGAUAUGUAUGCCCGUGCCUUUUCCCUACGAGAGCACCAAGGCUGUACCUUGGAAAUAUGAGAUUACCGCUGUAGACAAGGUAGCUGAUGGAAGUUCAGACGCUGAAGUGACAAAAGAUGUAAGUGAAGACGUCACCAAUAUUGCAGGAAUGAGCAGAAUGACCCGUAGUGGUCGAAUCUAUACGCCCAAAUUCAACGUGACUCCUCAAGGGCCGACCAAGGAAUCAACAGUCGCAGCUCCCACUAAAGAACCCGAAGUGGUCCAAUCCGAAGAUGCUGUUGAAUUCUUGAAGUUAAUCAAGAGAAGUGACUACAAAGUGGUGGAUCAACUGCAUCAAACACCAUCUAAGAUCUCUAUUCUGUCUCUGUUAUUGAGCUCCCAAGCCCAUAGGGAAGCUUUGUUGAAGGUGCUUGCUCAAGCUCAUGUAACACAAAGCAUAACAGUAGACCAAUUUGAUGGAGUAGUUGCAAAUAUCACAGCCUGCAAUACUUUGAGCUUUAGUGGAGAAGAAUUACCUGAGGAUGGAAAAAAUCACAACCGUGCUCUCCAUAUCUCGGUGAAAUGCAAAGAUGAUGCUUUGGCGAGAGUGUUGGUUGAUACUGGAUCUUCGCUGAAUGUUAUGCCAAAGAGAACACUCGCCAAAUUAUCUUAUCAAGGACCAGCUAUGAAGCCUAGUGCCUUGGUAGUGAAAGCUUUUGAUGGGGCAGUUACCUCCACCUUGCAUCAGAAAAUGAAGUUUGUAGUGGACAAUCAAUUAAUCAUCAUUUCUGGAGAGGAGGACUUUGUGGACCCUGUUGGGAAAGCUUGUUCAUCCUUCGCGUCUCUGAAAAGUGCAAAGUCUAGUAUUGAAGGAGGAAACCCUGAAGGUUGGGGUCAACUUAUUGAUAUUCGUGAGAAGCAUGAUCGCUUUGGUCUGGGAUAUGUGCCUUCCGCUGCGAAACGAGCCCGCGUCCCUACAAAGGACAACACCCGAAGCAUCCAGGAAGUAUUCCUCAGCACAGGAUUCAUCCAUGGAGAUCAAGUCAAUGCAAUUGAAGAUAGCACCGCGAAUGAAGAUGAGCCAUGUUUGGUUUACCGGUGUGAGACAGCUUUGAACAACUGGAAGGCGGUUGAGAUCCCCGAGAUUUUUCCCUUGUCAAAGUAA